CGACCACGGAACCGGGACCGACCACGGAACGGGGACCGGGACCGGGGCGGUGACCACGGAACCGGGGCCGGGGGUGGUCACGGAGCUCGGAGCCCCGGUGGCCGCAGGUGUCCGUCUGUCCGUCCGUCCGUCCCCAUGACCGUCACCUACACGUCCCGCGUGGCCACCGCGCGCUUCGGGGGCUUCUCGCGGCUGCUGCUGCUGUGGCGCGGGAGCAUCUACAAACUGCUCUACCGGGAGCUGCUCCUCUUCCUCACCGCCUACCUGGGGCUCAGCCUGGCCUACCGGUUCCUGCUGUCCGAGGAGCAGCGGCGCCUCUUCGAGAAGCUGGUGCUGUACUGUGACAAAUCGGCCGAGCUGAUCCCCGUGUCCUUCGUGCUCGGUUUUUACGUGGCGCUGGUGCUGGAGCGCUGGUGGGGGCAGUUCCGUGCUACGGGCCGGCCGCCGCCGUACAAACGGUUCCCGCACUGGUGCAGGCCGGUGGGCCGCUGGUGCCGCUGGGACGCUGGUGCCACUGGGUUCCUGACGCGCGAGGAGCGGCGCCGCCUCGAGGCUUUGCGCUCGCCCUACAACAAGUUCUGGGUUCCGUGCGUGUGGUUCGGGGCGCUGGCGGGCCGGGCGCGGCAGGAGGGGCGCAUCGGGGACGACUGCGCGCUCAAGCUGCUCAUGGAGGAGCUGAACCGGUUCCGGGCCCACUGCAGCCUCCUGUUCCACUACGACUGGAUCAGCGUGCCGCUGGUGUACACCCAGGUGGUGACCAUCGCCGUGUACACCUUUUUCCUCACCUGCCUGGUGGGGCGGCAGUUCCUGGACCCCUCCCAGGGCUACCCCGGGCACGAGCUGGACCUGGGCGUGCCCGUGUUCACCCUGCUGCAGUUCUUCUUCUACGUGGGAUGGCUCAAGGUGGCAGAGCAGCUCAUUAACCCUUUCGGGGAGGACGACGACGACUUCGAGACCAACACCCUAAUCGACCGCAACUUCCAGGUGAGGGGGGCACAGGUGGGUCAGGGGGGGCACAGGUGCCCCCAGGUGUGCCCAGGUGUGCCCCCAAGUACCCCCAGGUGUAUCAGAGGUACCCCCAGGUGCCCUCAAUGCCCCCCAGGUGUAUCAGAGGUGACUCUAGGUACCUCCAGGUGUGCCCAGGUGCCCCCCCUAGGUACCCAGGUGCCCCGGGCCCCCAGGUGUCGAUGCGGCGUGGCGAGCCUACGGGGGGUCCCGGUCUGGGUACCCGGUGCCCCCCACCGUCCCCGUGCCCCCCCGGUGCCCCCCGCGGUCUGCCUCGACGUCACGUGA